AUGGCUCGAUUUGUUCUGCACGAGGUGCGCUACGUGUUGAUGGCGAUGGUUUAUUCCUCGCGGUGUUUAGCAGAAAAGAUACAAAAUUCUACGGUGGAUCAAUGCAUCUACUGGUUUCUUACGCUCAUUCCGAUCGCCAUGCUGUGCAUCCCGCAGUUUUCGUAUUUGCUGGUGGAUACCAAGGACCUUUUUGAGUUCGUGUUGGUACUGGUGCCCAUCUCGGAAAUUCUGCUAACGAAUCUAAAAAUGAUUAUUUGCAACAUGAAACGGGAAAAAAUUAUUAAUCUCAUUAAUGAACUGCAGGCGGAAUGGAUCGAAUACCAAAAGUCGGAACAUAUCGAAAUCCAGCGGCUGAUUACAGCCACCGCAAAGAAGACGCGAAUGUUUGUCAUCAUCUACACGACUGGUUUCGUGGUUAUUUGCUUGGAAUAUGCAUCCCUGCCGUUGUUCAAGUUCGUUUUUCAUAGCAUUUUCAACAACAACCAAUCAAACUAUACCAUCACGAUACCAUACUCCUCAAGGUUCUUUUACAGCACGGAAAGUACCACGAGCUUCGCACUGACAUAUUUCUUCAUAAUGAUAGCAGUCUACCUUCUGGCGCUAACGCUCAGUGGCUUCGAUAGUUUAUUUGCCACUCUGGCGAUGCAUAUUACGACGAUGUUUAAGUUUUUAAAAAUAGAAAUCGAUCAACUGGAACUGGAUCUGCACGCUGGAACGAAUCGUGCGGAGGUCCACGCCAAGCUGAAGCAAAUAAUAUUGAAACACAAAUCUAAUCUCUCUCUAAUCGAUCAGCUCGAGGAUGGUUUUAGCUUCUAUUUGAUGGUACAAUUUCUGACCAGCUCGAUCGUCGUUUGUGUUGUGCUGUACAAUCUAACAAUUGUUUUCGGAUGGAAUGAGGACACUAUCAAAACGGUAACCUAUCUACCGGGUGCCAUACUGCAGCUGUAUAUAUUUUGCUGGUACGCACAGAACAUCACAGAAGAGGCAAGCUUGGUGGCCGACCAUAUUUACAACAUUCCCUGGUAUUUGAGCGACCCGGCACUGCAGAAAACCAUCCUCACGCUCAUGGUUAAGGCACAGAAACCUGCCGGUGUUACGGCAUCCAAGUUUUACAUGGUCACGUUACAAAGCUUUCAGCGGAUCACUAGCACAUCGUAUUCCUACUUUACGUUGCUUCAAACAAUCAAUCAGCAAUAG